AUGCAGCAGCAGCAGCAUCUGGCCGUGGAUGGUGCUGGCUGUGAGGACGUGAAUGGCGUUUAUGCACUGCAAGAAGACGUUGAGUAUGAGGGAUGCCCAGUAUAUGGUUCACUCAGCAACUUCAGCUUGACCGUGUGCCAGGGACCUUCAGCUGACAGCGGUACUUUGCAGUGGGGAUGGAUUAUUGGACAAUCUGGGGUGCCGGCUUAUGGCUGCCCCACGGACAGGAAGGAAGCUAUACCUUUGCAGGGAUGGCAUCCCUUCGAGGGCGACCCACCGGCGCCCACUUUGCGAUGGCUGCCAGAUGCAGAUGCCACAGCAGUCGGCUACGCCCAAGAAGCUCGUCGUAGAGCAGCUUCUGGGACCACCGAGGACCGGAGACUAGCUGCCACGGCCUUUCGCAAGUCUUUGCAGGGUGGAGAAGAGCUCCAGGCAAACUGGCCUCAGCGAGGCUUACUCCACACUGAGCUGGCUGCAUUGCUGCGCGUUUUGGGGCGUGAAGACCAAGCCCUUGCAGAGGUGGAGGCGGCACUGAAACUGCAGCCCUGCUUGCCGGAUGCCUUGCUCCUCAAGGCACAGAUGCUGAAUGCCGCAGGCAAUGAAGGCGCAGCAGCCUUAUCUGCGAAGCAGUGCUGGAUGCAGAUCGAGGGUGGCAAGAGGUCGGGCAAAGAACAAUCGCUGCAGCGAGAGUGCCGGGAGCUCCUAGAAGAACUCGGCGAAGCCUGCGAUCAUUCAUUGCCGAGGAAAUGGCCGAUCAUGGUCCCUGCAGAAACGGAGCCCCCUGAGCUCCCACGCGGCGAUGUGCCGGAUGCCAUUGAGGGCAUCGAUUUGACGGGGUCCAGCAUGGCAGAGACUGGUGGCACCUACCAGCCUUCCAGGAAAGUGCUCAAUGGAUUCCCAAUCUUUGAAAACCAAUUCGGUUUUCAGCUAUCCCUGGAAGUGCAAGCGACCAAGGCUGGCGAUGUAAGUGAAGGCUGGGUAGUUGGCCGGAGGCAGGUGGGUCUGUUUUGGACCAAGACGCUGCAAGCCCACAAGCUGCCUUCGAACGACUGGCAUUCUUUUCCUGCAGCCGGCGCCGAAACACCACCAUCCGCAUGCAGCAUCCGGACUGUUCGAAUGGAGAAGGGCCUUGCGUAUGGCCAUCAGGCGCGGCUGGGCAACUAUGGCGGCCCAGCGGAAGCUGCUCGGAUCCUCCGUACCUGCGUGAAUCAGUUGGGAAGAGGUGGAGACAUGCACAAGGUGUCCUGGGCACUCUCAGAGCUCGCUGGGGCACUCCGGGAGGUGGGGCAACUGAAGGAUGCCCUCGCGACAGCACAGAAAGCCUUGGCAACUUGUCCCAGCUUGCCGGAGGCUUACUUGGAGUUGGCCUGCUGCCACCAGGACCUGGGCCAAGAAGAGGAGGCCACCGCCGUGCUCCAUUCUUUGAGGGCGCAGUGGCCCAAUGACGGGAGGGUUGCCGUGGCGCUGUUGACGCUUCACGCGCCUGCACAUCAGGGACAGCCCGCGCAAAGCGCAGAUGCACAGACUGAGGAGGUGCUCAGCAAGAAGCAGCAGGUGGAGACCACGAAGUCCGGGGUCGUGGACUUCAAUCUGGAGGAUCAGAAGACCGAAGUUCACGCACAUUGGGUCCUGGGGCCUAUGUGGAAAGCAAAGGACAUCACCGUCCGAUUUCAGGAGCAUCGGCUUUUCGUGGCUGUCGGAAGGGAAGUGCUCUUUGACGCCCAGCUCGCGCACCGAAUUCGGCCAUCCGAAUCAAGCUGGACAUUCGCAACUCCCGACCUUACCGUCACACUUUGCAAGUGGGCCGGCCAAGGUAGCUGGCCAAGAUGGGAAGUGUUGCACAAGGAGGAGGAAGCGGAGCGAUUGCAUCGACUUGGUGGUUUACCAUUUGACACCAAAUCCAUACACUGGCUGUAA